UGCAUAUUUCAAGGGUUGUUAUUAUGUUGGCCUGGUUGUGACGUUACGCAGCUUUGUCAGCAGACACAAUGGCGACUGCAGCGUAAGCUUGCCGCCUGGAACAUGCCAGCGGUGGUCUCCACCCGGCCGGGCCUCAGCCGGGGCUCAGCAUGGGCUCGGGGAGAACCAUCAAGUUUGCCGUGUGCGAGGUGCUGCAGUUCGCCGGCCUGUGCGUGCCGCUCUUCAUCGUCAUGCAGAGGUUCGCCGUCAUCGUGGCCGAGGUCAAAAGGUCGGCGCGGCCCCCCGGCGACGACGACGUGGCCUACUGGCUGAUCGUGACCUCGUCCAUCGCCUACGUCAUGUCCACCGCCCUGCUGGUGUGGGCGCCGCUCAAGUACCUGCUGUUUGUCAAGAACAAGAUGCUCCUUGGCAGGAAGAAGUGGAGGCCCAUUGCCCUCGUCUACGUCAUCAUGUCCACCUUACCCUGCUUCGCCUUCCUCAUCGCCAGCUCACAGGUUCAGAUCAAUAACGGUAUCAAACACGACACGUUCACCGAGCUCCCCGUGUCUCUAAUCCUCUUCUCUCUCAUCUGUAUCGACGUUGUGGAAAGAAUACGCCACUGCAGACUGACGGGCCAGGACCGUCCCUUGGAAAGAGACGCCGACAUUCCCUCUUCGAUCCUCACGCACGUGGAACAGAUCACGCCGGUCACUCCCUUGGUGCCCGGGCCGGCAGCGCCCGGACCAAACGUGCCCGGGCCGGCUGUGCCUCGCCAGGCCAUCGGCACGCCCCCUGUGACGAUGGGACCCGGCCAGCCGGGAGACCGAAGUCAGAACGGCGCAGCUCUCAGGCCAGAGACCAAUGGCACGGCCCCAGGGAUGGCUGUGAACGGCAGGAGAUUGUUGACUGCCCACGACUCGGAGGCAGCCCACACGGGCCCUUUGCGCUUCCUGUACGCUAGCGACGCUCGAGCCGACGUGUUUGUGGACAGUUUUCUUUUCUGGAUGGACACGGUGGAGAUGACGAGGGUCGCGACUCACCCGCUGGUCUUUUACUCGGCCUGGGUGUGUCCUAUUUACAUCUUGUGCUACCUUUCGUGCCUGCGCGUGGUGCUGGUGCCCCACAACCCCUCGCUAUCUUCUCUUGGUGUGGCCCUGCAAGACUUGCCCUUCCUCUUUGUACGCGUGGGCCUGCUGGCCUUCUUCGGCCUGGUCACGCCGCUCCUCUACCCCAUGAAGAACCUGCUGGUGUGCCUGGCCUUUGUCUAUUUUAACUUCAUGACCAAGCUGAGGGUGUUCAACACACAUAGAAUGUUCUUAUGACACUUUCAUGCUAGUGGGCCAUUCUAUUCAAUUACGGUUGUAGAAAGUAGCGAUACUUCGAUACCAAGCCGAUACCAAUACGCAAAAAAAUGCGUCGAUACCUGCUUUUUUUUAGUAUCUUCAGUACCACAUACACUUUUCUCCUGGUGCUUGCUGUCUUAAAACAAUAUUGAGUAUUUCCAUGUAGUUGCUUCCCGGUUCGCCAUUGCUCAUAAACAAAUGUUAACGGAAGAAAGAAAAAGAGCACUCAUAAAAGGAGUGAGGAAAAAAAGAACUAAGGAUGCACACUGAAACCGUGAGGAACAUAAAUAGCACAGUUAAGGUGUGAAGAAGUUACAGUUAACACUACGACCGCAACGCCAAAACUAAGCCACAGGCGACAAGAAGCGUGAGUGGAGCCAGAGCAGAAUAGAUGUACUCGACCGGAAGGGUGAACCAUCAGGAAAUCUACUGGCGCCGUGGUGAAAGGACUGGAGAGCUUAAGUAGUCGGAAGGAAAUGAGUAUCAGGUGUGCGCGCAGGUUGCCACUGCAACAACACACCUCGUACGUGCCUGGUUUGCCAGAGAAUAAGAUGUAGCAGAAAUGGUCUGUGAUGCACUUUUUUGGGAAUUUGUCGCUAUAUUUAGCAAGUAGAGGUACAUAUUUAAAGUUAAAAAGAGGUCUACCUUUCGUCAUGUUUAUUCGCUAAUCAAAUCCAAGCGGGAACAAAAGUAGAGCGGAAUGAGAGCAGAAAUCCACAAGCACAGGGAGUGGCCAUUAAAUGCACAUGUUCAUACUAAUAGCAAAUAAAAACACAAAGAUGUGUCUUUAAAUAUAUGUUGUCGCUUUUUUUAUUAGCCUAUACGUAUUUUCCGGACUAUAGAGCGCACCAGUUUAUAAGCCCCACUCACUAAAAAAAUUUGUUUUGUUUCUCCAUAUAUUAACCUAUUAACGUUGUGAAAUGAGUUAUUUACACAGAAAGAUUUUGUAUGUGUUUAUUUAGAUACCUCUUUUGUAACACGGCAGUAAAACGGAUGAUCAAACAAAACAGAAGUCAUCGUCAUGGCCUCACAAGCUGCAGAAGCUAGCUCUCCAUUCAGCUAAACGGACUCAGUAACUCCACGGUGACGUUUUGGUGAAUUUACUGAGGAAUGUGUGUAACUGAAACAACACAAAAAGAAUGCCACUGUAAAUUAAUAAUACUAACACAGACAUUUGGAAACGCGCUAGCAUAUUAGCUAAUGCUAACGACGCUAAUUAUAUUACAUUACGAUAGCACGUACAAAUAUGGUUGAAAACACUCCUACAGACAUCACACAUGGGACGGCGUAGUAAGUAAGACUUGUUUUAGUUAUAUUGUAAAACUUACAAACGUUGCUUGGAGUGAUGAAUGAAAAAUUCAUACGAGUAGGAACGCUAAGGACAACUCGAAGACGGAACGGCACUUGUAUUUCCGGUUUAAAGCACUGAACGGAAGGAAAUACUGGAGACAUUCACUCCGCAGCACCUGCAGUGAGCGGACUCGUACAAAAGAUGGCGCCAUAGCACAAACAAUAACACAUUUUCAGUGUCUCUGCUUGUGUUUAAUGAAAACUAUUUGAACACAAAACAUUAUGGCGGUAAACGAAGAAAGAUCCAUAAAUUAGCCGCACCGUUUUAUAAGCCGCAGGAUGCAAAGCGUAGAAAAAAAGAAGUCCGUAAUUUACGGUACAUGACGUCGUCCCAUUACGUGAGAACAAGACAUGCAAGGAAUUAAUCAGUGAUGCACUUUGUCGCUGUAUUUAGCGAGUGGAUGUAGACGCUUAAUGUGAAAAAGGGGUUUAUAUUGUGUCAUGUAUUUAUUCUCUAAUCAAAUACAAGCGUUCACCAAAGUAUUCGCCCCGCGAGUGAGAUUGGAGGUCCGCCACCACAAGCCCAGUGGGUGUGCAUUACCGCAGCGUGCAGGAAACCUCCAGAAGCCUGCAACCCAAACUUUAACGCUAGGAAAACACAGCUAAAAAACACUUUUCUGUCGUUUGACAACACUUUGAACACCACUGCUUUACUUAUUUCACCUGGUAGGCAAAGUGUGGCCCGGGGGCCAUUUGCUGUCUGCAGAACCUUUUUAUAUGGCUCAUUGUAGAAAUAAGAUAAAUCAAAAAUAAAAAUGCAGAACGAUACGAGGCUGAAAUGUUGAUGCUAAUUUAUUUAUUAUUUAUAUGCUAAUAACAAAUACAAACCACAAAUAUUUGUUUUUAAUUAUGUUUUAGCCUUUUUAUUAGCCUAAUUCAUCACAAAUGGCAUGAUGUCACACUACCACUUUAUUUUAAGACUUUAAGAACAACAUGGUUUGUUUUAUAUACUGGAAGGCUCCACGCCACUGCUGUUCUUUUUAAGAAUGUGAAAUAGUUGACUAUUGUUGUUCUUUAUGAUCAUAUUUAGCUUAGUUUUGAUAUACUGGGAGAUUUUAGAACACUGCUGUUGCAGCUAAAACUGAUAUUUGAAUUCUGAUGUUGAAGCGCAGUGAUCUUAAAACAUUUGACACGUUGAAACACCUUUUCAAUAAAGCAGUGAGUUUAAAAAGA